CCAAAUAAUUGGCGAAUCCUGGACGUGUUUGAAAGGACACGUCCGUGUAGUGGUUUCAUUUAAUACUGUCACUGUUCCGACAAGUUAACAACUAUUUAAAAUGCUGGGGUUAAUUUUAGUAGUUGCAUGGUUUUGUGAAGCAUGGGGAACUCCUGUGGAUACAUUGAACGCCACUGAUAUCCAGAAUGAUGAAGGAUACUCCUCAAAUAUUGGACAACCUCAUCUGGUUAAGACAAGUGAAACACAGCUGGAUCUUGAGGGAGACUAUGCUGUACACGAGGGGGAUAUCAUACUACCAACUGAACGGAACGCAGUUAGUUCGCUAUGGACCGAGCUGAAUGGAAAUUUGUCAGUGCCUUAUGAAAUUGAUGCCGUUAUUGAAAACAGGACUGAAGACAUUCUUGAUGCCUUAAAUAUGAUCUCCGAGAAGACCUGCAUCAAAUUCCAUCCACAUAAUAAUGAAACUGACUAUUUGCACUUUAUAUAUGCAGAUGGGUGUGCAUCUUACGUCGGAUGUAGAGGGGGUGAGCAGCCUCUUCUGAUUGGGUCAAAAUGUACAGUUGGAAACAUCUGCCACGAGAUCAUUCAUUCCCUCGGCUUUUACCACGAGCAUUCCCGCUAUGACCGUGGUGAUCAUAUCACUGUACUUGAUGAAAACAUUGUCUCUGGGAAAGAGGGAAAUUUUUUGAAGAAAAAAGGGAACACACUUGGUCUGAAGUAUGACCUGGAUUCAAUUUUGCAUUAUGGAAGCUGAGGUGCCACAUCAAACUCUCGUAAGAUUGUGCCGGUGUCUCUGCAGAGACUGUCCUCCAGGAUGUUGCUUGUGACCUUUCCAGUGUACUUUCAAAGACAGUGUGGCUCUUUCUCAGAGACACCUCUGGCUCCGCUGCACUGUGAGAUUACAGAGCUGGAUAUGAGAGGAUUUCCGAGAGCUUCAUUUCUGUGGGAAAGUGCCAGAACUCUUAAAGCCCAAGAGAGGCGUUUCUCUCUCUCUGGGGUGAGAGAGAAUAAAGCAAAUGCAUAGAUGUACAGUUUUAUGUAGCUCUAAAAUGGAAUCCGAACACCCUCUGUUUAGAUUAAAAGCAUGGUUUUGACUGACAUUCUUGCUGGUUUUCAGAUUUUAACCAAUUGAAUGGCAUGUAUUUCCUGGAUAAGAGUCUGCUUGGUCUCUGUGAUCAUUUCAUUUGAUGGGUUCUGAUUGAAAGUAACGCGAUGUGUAUGCAGGCUGAUGCUUUGGGUUAUCAGAACCUGUCCCAGUAAAUGAAUUGUGCAUUUAUUAAUGCCUCUUGAUAAGACUUUUAUUAUUUUUGGAGCUGUCAUAAGAAGGCUUGUGCAGUUUAAUUUGGCUUCUAAAUGAUAUCUCUGAUUGUGUGAGUGAUGAUAAGUGAGGCUAGGCUUGUUUCCAGCAUGUUUUUGACAAUAAAAAUGCCUCUCCAAA